AUGACAGAUACAACCAUUAAACAUAUAGCUACUACUUUUCCGGUAGAUGUUGAAGCAUUGAAACCAGAUCUCAAAUUUCAUCGACGUCGUUCUAUAAUUCGUGACUUCAGUCUUAACACUUCAACUCAUGGUAUUCCUGGCAUUGUACGUAGUCAAAGCAUACAAAAUCGUAUUUUUUGGGUGGUGUCAUCAUUAGUUUUUACUGGUAUUAUGCUGUUCUUUGUUGUUGAAUCAAUAAAGGAAUAUUUCAGUUUUCCAACACAAACAUCUGUAUCCUUUGCUGUCGAACGUUCACAAGCAUUUCCAGCAGUCAGUAUUUGUAAUUAUUCACCAGUUCGCUUUGAUAAUUUUAUUGAACCUUUUAUAAAUUUUACCAAUUCACAUAAUUUGACUAAUACAACUGAUACAAGCACUAUUUCUAGCGAACAAAGUAACCACAUUCGGAAAUUCUUUCAGAAUUUAUUAAUACAUCGUGAGCCUGUUGAUAAUUAUUUUUUUCCUCUGAGUUCAAUGUUAAUGUCUUGUUUCUACAAUGGUGAACGUUGUCAAACUACUGAUUUUAUUCCAUUUUUGUCAUCUUCAUUUGGUCAAUGCUAUACAUUCAAUGCUAAAAUGAAAUCAAAUGAAAGUCGUGUUCGAAGUACUACUGAUGGUGGAGGUAUCGGUAAACUUGAAUUACAACUCUAUGCACACAGCCAUCAAUAUGUUCCAUAUAUUGCAGAGGAUGUAUCAGUUGGUAUGGUGGCUAUGAUUCAUGAUAAUACAGAAUUACCUCUCAUAGAAGUAGCUGGCAUUCAACUUGACCCUGGACGAAGACACAAGUUAAGCUAUAAAAAGAAAACGUAUCAAUUGUUAUCAUCUCCAUAUUCUAAGUGUACAACUAAAGUUCCUCUCAUUAUGCAAGCAAUGUUUAAACGAUAUGCAGGUGCUGAUUAUGCUUAUUCACAAGCUCUAUGCUAUAUGUUAUGCAUACAAGCAUAUGUAUAUUACCAAUGUGGAUGUAUAGAUCCACAUCAAUGGCCUGCUAGAUCUAUUGUUUUACCUGGUUCAGAUCAAAUCAUUGAAGCACCUCUUUGCAAUGCAAUGAAUGAAUGCUAUACGAUUGCAACAGCUCGUAUUACAACUACAAAUUCGAUUUGGGAUCAGUUUUGUUCUGAUUGUUCACAAGCAUGUUCGACUGUAGAUUUUACUAUUACACCAUCAGCAGUAUCAGCUCCAUCUGCGGUACGUAUACCUGAAAUUAAAGAAUUUGUUGAAAAAUCUGGCAUUACAUUACCGAAAAACUGGACAACAACAUGGCAAUCAGAAAUUCAAAACAACUAUGUUGGUAUCAGUGUUGUUUGUGAAACAAAUCGAGUUGAAAAUUAUACACAAGAUGCGUCUGUUAGUGGUGUUGAUGUUCUUUCAAAUGUUGGUGGUCAUACAGGUUUAUGGAUUGGUAUUAGUUUUUUAUCAAUAAUGGAGCUGGUUGAAAUGCUUUAUCGUCUUAUUCGAUAUCAUUAUUAUAUUCUAGAAGGAAAAAUACGAAGACGAAAUGAAGAACAGGCAUAA